AUGGAGUCGGGGGACUCUUGGGGAGAAGGCAAUACACCGUACUUCCUGUGGCGGCUUCUGGUGUCCUGGCACUCGGUGGACUUCGUAAACGAGGCCUACGCCUGGCCUCUCCUCGUCGUAACGUGUUCUUUCAGCUGCCUCUACCCGUUCACCUCGAGCUGCGCGCACACCUUCAGGCACCAUGUUCAAGCCGUAACGCCCGCCACGUCCUGCACUGCCUCGGCUACGGUGGCCGACUGCUCGGGCACAACUAGCAAGCUUACAAAUACGAUUAGCCUGGGCCCUGGUCUACUGCGCUGUAGGACCGGGGGUUUCUCUGCUCCCCGCCAACGCAUUUCUAAUUUCUCCUCCAUAGGAUGUGCCAUCACCUACCGAGCCUAUAUAAUGGCUGACCGCUGGAUCAACAAUGCUCUACACACCUGCUUUGUCCCCGUGGCCGCGUUGAACACCUUGGUUUGUACAACACUCUCCUGUUACUCCAGGUUCCUGGAGGUGGAGCAGCCUCGUCUCAGUAAAACCCUCCGGUUAGUCGCCUUCGCCUAUCCCUUCCUGUUCGACAACUUGCCGCUAUUCCACAGGCUAUUUCUCUGUUGGGGGGGGGGGUGCAGCCACAACGCCUCUGUGCCUACCCACUACUGGCACCUGCUGUUCGCCUUCCUCACCUGCUUCCUCUUCGCCUCUCACCUGCCCGAACGCCUUGCCCCGGGCUGCUUCGAUUACAUCGGCCACAGCCACCAGCUGUUCCACAUCUGUGCGGUGGCGGGGACACACUUCCAGCUGGAGGCCGUGGUCGCGGACAUGGGCUUCCGCCGGUCCUGGCUCCUCGCUCACGCCCCACUGCCGUCGUUCGGGGGGACACUGGGAGUGACGGCGGCCGCGCUGCUCCUCAACCUGCUCCUCAUCGCCGCCUUCAUUGCCGCGCCCUGGCCUGCGCCCCGGGAUCUUCCUCCUUCCUCCUCCGCUCCCUGGCCGGAAGGGUCAAGCCCAAGGCAGAGUGAGAGCGAGGGGUCGAGGCGGCGGGGAAUCACCGGCCCACGUCCACCAGGGGAUGGAGGGUCCGGGAUGUGAACACCGGACAUGUGGCCAGCGGGCACCGGGCAACUGGACACUGGGCAACUGGACAACUGGACAACUGGACUGGACACUGGACAACUGGACACUGGACACUGGACACUGGGCCUCGCCACUGGCACCGCCAGAUGUUGCAACCGGGCAGAUGUGUUGCCGCUCACUCAUCGGUCAGCAGCAACCAAUGAGUGUCCACAUCCGGUCAGCAACAGCUAGUGAGUGUCCACAUCCGGUCAGCAACAGCCAGUGAGAGUUCUCCAGGAGGAAAGGGCAACGAUUGGGCAACGUGGAGCCUGUGCGCUGAUUGGUCGCGCUCCAAUUGAGGGGUAGGAGCAUCUCGAGGGGCCGAAGGGCCUCUUCCAUUUUCCCCCUUCCACUUUGGAACAUCUGUCCCGGUGUCCAAAGGUAACAUUCAGCGAACACAUCUGCUCCCCGUCAGCUCGCCCCCCAAUCUCUCCUCCU